AUGCCUCAACAAAUUAACUCAAAAUUGACAGCGAAUGCUGGCGAUAUCGAGACUACCGAUGCCUCUAGCGGACAAGGCACUGUGGAGGAUCCUUUCGUGGUCGAGUUUCCUGAAGGUGACCCAGAGAAUCCCAUGAAUUGGUCUCCCUUCAGAAAAUGGUUCAUUACAGGAAUUGUAACUCUUUCCGUCUUUGCUAUCACGUUCACAUCCUCGGCAUAUUCUGAAUCCUCGAUCGAAGUGAUGCAAGACUUGAACAUGGGAAAUGAGGUCUUUAUACUGGGCCUUUCUUUGUUUGUACUGGGAUUUGCUAUUGGUCCAGCCCUCUGGGGUCCCUUGCUAUAUGGUCGACGUGUCCUCUGGAUAAUCUCUCAUAUUGCUAUGGUGGCCUUCAUUGGAAGUUCUGCAGGGAGUAAAAACAUUGCCACGCUUAUGAUCACACGAUUCUUCGGUGGCACAUUUGGGGGAUCCCCGCUGGUUAACUCUGGUGGAACAAUUGCAGACCUCUUUCCUCCAGCCCAAAGGGGACUUGCCCUGACACUUUACUGUGUUGCGCCUUUUCUUGGCCCCAUUCUGGGUCCCAUUGCAGGAGGGUUUAUCUCUGAAAAUGUUGGUUGGAGAUGGGUUCAGGGAGUGUGCACUAUCUUCAUAGGAGUGAUAGGAACUCUCGGUGUUAUUUUAGUACCCGAGACAUAUGGACCGGUGCUGUUGACGAAACGGGCCGAUGAAUUAUCUAAAGCAAACGACAAACUUUACCUAAGCAUUCUCGACAUAAGGCAGGGUAAAAAGAGACCAUCCGAAGUAUUCCAAAGAGCUAUAGUGCGACCAUGGGUACUGUUGUUCAAAGAGCCCAUUGUGUUAAUAGCCUCACUCUACAUGGCAAUCAUCUACGGCACUGUGUACAUGUUCAUGGGUGCCAUGCCUAUUGUCUACAAUGAAGACCGCGGAUGGAGUGAGGGCAUUGGAGGACUUGCUUUUUUGGGUAUAGCCAUUGGUAUUGUCUUCGGAUUGAUCUAUGCCAUCUGGGAUAACCACAAGCGCUACAUGAAGCUGUUCCUCUCGAAGUCUGCAACUGCCGAGUCACGAUUGCCCCCUGCCAUUGUGGGCGCUAUUUCUUUACCAGUUGGAAUGUUCGCUUUUGCAUGGACCAACUAUUCCAGUAUUCACUGGUCAGCUAGCAUUGUCCUUACAAUGCCCUUUGGCUUCGGAUGCGUCCUCAUCAUCCUUCCGAUUGUCAACUAUCUUAUCGACUCUUACACUAUUUACGCAGCGUCGGUCCUUGCAGCUGCGGCUAUAUUUCGCUCGAUUGUGGGUGCUGUGUUUCCCUUAUUCACAGCUCAGAUGUAUCACAAUCUGGGAAUUCACUGGGCGUCAUCGAUUCCGGCAUUCUUGGCAUUAGCUUGCAUGCCUUUUCCAUUGAUUAUGUACCGCCAUGGCCCUGCACUGAGAAUGAGGUGCAAGUAUGCAUUCGAGGCAGACGAGUUAGUGAGAAAGAUGCAGAUGCAGCAAAACCCCACUUUAAGGCAGCAGGAGGAGGCUGAGCCAUCCCAGUGA